GCGCGCGGGGCGCCUGGGAGACGAAUUCUGCGCGGGGAACCUCAGGCGCGCGGUGGCGGCGGCGCUGGGCUGGCGGCGGCGGCGGCGGCGGCUCCACGUGCUCCCCGCGGCCAGUGGAGAUAGUUGGCGGACGCCCGCCGAGAGGACAAGACUUAAAACCUAUCUUGGAUAGAGAAUAUUUUACCAUUUAGCUAAAAAUGGUAUUUUUUACAUGCAAUGCAUGUGGUGAGUCAGUGAAGAAAAUGCAAGUGGAAAAGCAUGUGUCUGUUUGCAGAAACUGUGAAUGCCUUUCGUGCAUUGACUGCGGUAAAGAUUUCUGGGGUGACGACUAUAAAAACCAUGUGAAAUGCAUCAGUGAAGAUCAGAAGUAUGGGGGCAAAGGUUAUGAAGGUAAAGCCCACAAAGGCGAUGUGAAACAGCAGGCGUGGAUCCAGAAAGUUAAUGAAUUAAUAAAAAGACCCAAUGUCAGCCCCAAAGUGAGGGAUCUUUUAGAGCAAAUUAGUGGUUUUGACAACAUUCCCAGGAAAAAGGCGAAAUUUCAGAAUUGGAUGAAGAACAGUUUAAAGGUUUAUAAUGAAUCUGUUCUGGAGCAGGUGUGGAAUAUCUUUUCCGAAGCUUCCAGCAGCGAACCAGCCAGUAAGGGGCAAGGUCAGCGGCCACCCAACCACGUGGCAAGCCCGCCUGCAGAAACCUCCACCAAGGCGCCACCUUCCAAAGCAGAUGACCCCACAGGACAGGCAGAGGUGAAGAAGAAUAAGAGAGAGCGGAAGGAAGAGAGGCAGAAGAACAGGAAGAAAGAGAAGAAGGAACUAAGGUUAGAAAACCACCAAGAGAACUCAAAGAGUCAGAAGCCCACAAAGCGCAAAACAGGCCCGGAGGCUGGAGGGGAGGACGCCCCCGAGGCCACCAGCUCCCGCGCCGCGGGGACGAAGAGCCGGGGGAAGAGCAAGAAGGGCGCGCUGGCGGAGGCUGGCGACGCGGCCCGCGGGGGACACGCCGCCGGGGCAGGGACCGAGGCCGGGCCAGGAAAGCGGAAGCGGACGCUGUCGGAAGUUGAAGCAGAUUCUAAGAAGAAAAAGAUCAAGUUCUCAGGACAACCUGAGGGUGGAGAACCAGAAAAUGAAGAAGCAGCUCCUGCCAGAGGUAAAUUCAACUGGAAGGGAACUAUUAGAGCAAUUCUGAAACAGGCCCCAGACAACGAAAUAGCGGUCAAAAAGCUAAGGAAAAAGGUUUUGGCUCAGUAUUAUGCUGUGACAGAUGAACACCACAAGUCGGAAGAGGACCUCCUGGUCAUCUUUAACAAGAAAAUCAGCAAGAACCCCACCUUUAAGUUACUAAAGGACAAAGUCAAGCUUUUGAAAUGAACAUUUUUAUAUUUAUAAACUGAAUCCAUUCUGUUGAUUUCUUUUCAUUGCUGUUUGUAAAACAUGUGAUGCAACUCAAAUUUUGCUUUCCAAAGCUGUAUUUUUAAGUUAAGGAAAAAAUAUAUUUUUGGUAGAACUUUUAUGCAAAAAUAAAAUAUAUUGUCCAAAAUUCUAAAUCCAUGAUGGUGAAUAUAAUUUACGUACUUUAAAAAAUACUUCUAUGUGGAAAAUAUGUUUAAAUGUGACAAGUCAAAAUAU